AUGCCCAAUGUCGGUGGCCCCAGGGAAAAGAAACGCCGAUUAGUGGCGACCGUGGUUCAAGCAAAGCAGCUCUACGCUGCCCCUGCAUGGACUGAGUCCCUAAAGAACCGCGGCAUCUCUGACGAGCUACUCUCCGCACAGGGUGGUUGUGCGGGGAGAGUAGUUUCAGCCUACAGAACAGUUUCAACGAGCGCUGCUCUAGUUCUUGCUAGUCUCCCGCCAGUAGGCUUACUGGCGAGGGAAAGACAGGAAGUCUUUCAGCGUAACAAAGAUCUAGUUACCUCGCAAGGGCAGAGUAGAAAUCUCGCCAAAGCGGCCAUCCGCAAAGAGGCGAGAUGUAGACUCCUUGAACAAUGGCAAGAGAGAUGGGAUGGGGAUCUUAAAGGACGGUGGACAUAUCGCCUGAUCCCCAACCUCGCCACUUUGCGGCACUUGGUUUAG